AUGGAUUGCUCCAUGACAAGCAGCAUCCUGUCGGCCAACUACAACACCAUCCUGUUCGAGUUCGGUGUCAUCCUCGUCACCAGCAAGAUCCUCUACGCGCUGCUCCGCAACGUCUACCAGCCCCGCGUCUUCUCCGAUCUCCUCCUCGGCAUCGUUCUUGCUCAGUUCCGGGUUCUGUCCCUCACCAACGCCAUCAACCUGGUCUUCGGCAAGAUCGGCAGCUUCGUCUUCGCGCCCUACCUCUUCGCGCUCGGCGUCGAGAUGGACCCCUGCACGCUGCUCGACUCCCCCUCCACCGACACCAUCGUCGCCUACGCCGGCAUCCUCUCCACCUCCGUCCUCGUCACGCUCUUCCACACCCCGCUCAUGCAAGCCACCUCCGGCGUCGUCCACGAGCGCUCACUCCGCGCAUUCUUCGGCCUCGCCGCUGUGCUCGCUAACACCGCCUCCCCCGUCCUCACACGUCUUGCCACCGACCUCAAGAUCGCAAAGACCGCAGUCGGACGCCUCGCCGUCGGCUCCGGCCUCGCCUCCGACAUGCUCACCACCAUGCUCAUCGCCGUCGGCAGCAUGAUCUGGCGCGACAUGGGCGCCGAGGGCCCCGCCUCCGCUAUCGUGCAACCGGUGCUCACCGCGGCCGUCCUCGUGGUGGUCAUUGUGUCGGCGUUCGUGUCCAGAGCCAUGGCUGAGUGGGUGGGCGGGCGCAACCCCGAGGGUCGGCGCAUGCGCGGCUUCGACCUGUCGCUGGUGGCGCUCGCUGCGGCGGCCCUCUGCUGGCUGAGCUCGGCGCUGCACCUGGACGUGAACAUGGCGGCGUUCCUAGUGGGGCUGACGUUCCCGAGCGAGGGUAGGGUGUCGCGGCUGCUGGUGAGCAAGAUCAACUUCGUGCUCAGCUCCUUCGUGCUGCCGCUCUACGUCAGCCACGUCUGCCUCUCGCUGCGGCAGACGACGGAUGACAUCGAGGUGGCAGGGCUCACACGGACGGAGGGCUUCCGCGCCUACGUCAUGGAGCUGCCCUUCCCUUGGUGGAAGGUCUUCUUCGUCACCGUCAUGGGCACACUCGGCAAGCUCGUCGGCUGCGCCGCGGCGGGGUUGCUCAGGGGGCUGGGAUGGCUGGAGGCGUUGGCUCUGGGCAUGCUCCUCAACGUCAAGGGAUACUUCCACAUCUACUGCGCGCAGGCAGCCUUUGACGCUGGCAUCAUCACGGACAAGUCGUUCAUGGCCAUCAUCUUCAUGGUGGCGCUGAACGUGGCGGUGACGCCGAUGGUGGGGAUGGGGAUCGCGUCGUGGGCGCGCAGAAGCGUGCAAUGGAGGCUCAUGGGGCUGCAGCACCACGACCCCUCCACAGAGCUGCGCCUAGUCGUGGGGUUGCAUGGCCCGCAGGACGUGCCCACGCUCUCCUACCUCAUGGAGGUUCUGCGAUGGGGUGGUGGCGGCGGAGAGCUCACCGUCUACGCCGUCGACAUGGUGCAGCUCACAGACCAGACGGCGGCGGCCAUCGUCAAGGGCGGGGGCUUCGACGGCGUCACCGUCGUGGACGAGGAGGUGUCCGAGAUGCGCAAGCUCAUCGGCGAGGCGCUCGACGCGUACCAGGCGGAGUGCGGCAACGGUGUCAAGGUGCGCCGGCUGCUGGCGCUCUCAUCCUUCCCAAACAUGCACAGCGACAUCUGCAUCUGCGCCGAGGACGCGAUGGCCGCGCUGGUGCUGCUCCCCUUCCACAAGGUGCAACGCCUGGACGGGAGCAUGGACACGGGCCACUUCGGCUUUCGGCUCGUCAACCAGAAGGUGCUGCAGCUGGCGCCAUGCUCGGUGGGUGUGGUGGUGGACCGCGGCCUCGGGAAGCACGCCCAGACCACCCUGGCUGCCUCCACCACCUCCUCGUCGGCGGACCAGAGUCAGAGCGCGGUGGUGGUGGUGUUCAUUGGCGGCGCGGACGACCGCGAGGCGCUGACGCUGGCAUCCCUGAUGUCGAAGCACUCGGGCGUGCGGCUGACGGCGCUUCGCGUGGUGCAGAACGCGACGGCACAGGCGCGCGCCAAGGCGAGGACGAGCCUGUUCGAGACGAAGAGCCGGCGCAGCAGCAUGCAGCCGGCGUCGGUGCUGGGGCAGGAGGAGGCGCAGAUGCAGGUGGACGACAAGUUCUUCGCCGAGUUCUACCGCAAGCACGUGGCUGGGAGCAAGGGCGCCAUCGGGUACCUGGAGAAGCACGUCGCCGACGGCGCGGAGUUGGUGGCCGUGCUGCGGGGGCUGCAGGCGGAGUACCGGCUCUUCAUCGUGGGGCGCGGCAGGGACCGCAACUCGGUGUUGACGGAGGGGCUGGACGAGUGGGCGGAGUGCCUGGAGCUGGGCCCUGUCGGUGACAUCCUGGCAUCGUCGGACUUCUCCACCACCGCAUCCGUGCUCAUCGCGCAGCAGUACGACGCCAAGAGGCACUAUAAGGUCAUCGACGAGGAAUUCAUGCCCUUGUAG